CUGCGGCUAAUCACGGCAGGAAGUUAGCAGUGUAGUUAGACCUGCAAGAGAAAAAGUCUCAAAUUAGUCUCAUACAUAGCUGGGUUAGCUUGUCGCAUUGACUACAACGGUGUUACUUUAUUAUUCCUUAAAUAAAAAUUCUCAAAUGAGGAAUUACGCUCGGAGUGUUUUGUAAAGAGAGGGGGAAGGAAGGUACUGGAAGCAAGAAAUGACCGGUUAACAAAAAAUAUUUACAUACAAAUAAAAUUCUAAUAAUUAUCAGUAUUAUUUGAAAAAGUUCUAUUGCAAACUUUUUUUUUUUUUUUUUUUCUGGUAUAAGAAAUAGUUAAACAAGCAAAAAAAAAACGUGUUUAUGUAAUUAUUUUUCUCAAAUAAAUAUAACGUCGGCAUCAAUCGCUUGAACGGGUUAAAAAAAUUUGUAGAGGCAUUUUUAAAAAAAAAAAAAAAAAAAAAUGUUUUUCUUUUUUUUUUUACUUAACAACUUUAUUUCAAAAACUUCAGCAGGACUUUAAACCAGAUUUAAGAAUUCGUACCAACAAGCAAGGACUGUAAUUUCAAACAACGAAGAAAACUGAAUUGUGCGUGUGUGUCUGAAGGGGUCUCAGAUGCUGGAUAUUUGAAGGAAACUUGUUCUCUGAAAUGCUUAUAAUUGGAAAUCAGCUGGCAGUCCCAAAUCACAAUAUUAGCGGAAUACAAUACCGGUGUUUAUCAGCGAAGCUACAGGAUCGUCGGGUUUGAAGCGAUAAAGAAAACCAGCCAUUGGGGUUAAAGGGAAACGUUUGAUGCCUCGGAUUACGCGUCUGUAAAGGAUUCCUGGUCGUGAUUUUUUUUUUUUUCCCAUCAUGCCUGAGUGGGCGCACCGGCCCGGUGAAAAAAAAAACAGUAACCAAGAUGAACGACAGAAGCACGGAUUAAGGCAGGACAGUGACAGGUUGAAGUGUUCUCAAGUGAAUCCAGCUCCCCCUCGCCCCUCCUCCGUUUCCUCUCUGGGCGGUAUCGUUGCUCGAAUGGCCUCUUCCGAGCCACUGUCCGGAGGGAGCUGCACUUCGGUCAACACGGUCUGCUCGGACAGCGACCGGCCGGUAAGCCUCAGCUCCUCUGCCUCAUCCGCAUCCCUCCCGGAGAGCCACGCCUCCUUCGGGAGCAGGGGCUCCCUGGGGGGGUCUCUCCCCUACGGCAGCACCCCUCAGUACCACGCACCCCAGCGCAACGGCAGCGACAUCAGCCUGGACCUCACCCCCUUAUCCCAGCUGGAGCCGAGGCCGGCAGGGGUCCUCCCCAGGCACCCCCUCUCUCCGUGGGCCAGCCAGCAGGAGGGUCGGCCCAAGCUGACCAGAGAGGAGAGAGUGGUGCUGGAGAUAGUGGAGACAGAGCAGGCGUAUGUACAGGACCUGAAGAGCAUUGUGGAGGACUAUUUGGGGUGCAUUAUAGACUGUGGAGACCUGCCAUUGAAGCCAGAUGAAGUCAGCACCCUGUUCUGUAACAUAGAAGACAUCUACGAGUUCAACAGCGAACUCUUGGAGGAUCUGGAGAGAUGCAGCCACGCAGUGGCCAUCGCGGAGUGCUUCGUGGAGAGGAGCGAAGCCUUUGACAUUUAUACACUGUACUGCAUGAACUACCCCAACUCUGUGGCAGUGUUACGGGAGUGUAUGAAGACUGAGAGCCUGGUGCGUUUCUUUCGUGAGCGUCAGACCAGCCUGUCCCAUUCCCUGCCCCUGGAGACCUACCUGCUGAAGCCAGUGCAGCGGAUCCUCAAAUACCACCUCCUGCUGCAGGAGCUGCUGAAGCACUUUGAUAAGAGCCAGUCGGGCUAUGAGGUCAUCGAGGAGGCUCUUAUCACCAUGACCGCAGUGGCCUGGUACAUCAACGACAUGAAGAGGAAGCAAGAGCAUGCUGUCAGACUGCAGGAGAUUGAGAGUGUCCUGUUGAACUGGGCCGGUCCGGACCUCAGCGGGUUUGGAGAGCUGGUUCUGGAGGGGACCUUCCGGGUCCAGCGGGUCAAGAAAGAGCGAGCUUUCUUCCUCUUUGACAAGAUGCUCCUGAUCGCCAAGAAGAGAGGCGACAGCUUCAUCUACAGCACCCACAUCUUCUGCUGUAACCUUCUGCUAUGUGAGAACCUGAAAGACCCUCUGAGCUUCAAAGUGUCAGACCAGACCAUCCCCAAGCAACAGUACAUCGUGCAGACGAGGAACCAGGAGGAGAAGCGGCUGUGGCUGCAUUAUCUGAAGAGGCUGAUCGUGGAGAAUCACCCUGCCUCCCUGCCACAGAAGGCCAGACAAGUACUAGGAGACAGCUGCCCACCGUAUCCACAAGCCAUGCAGUUCAACUCCGAGACCCUCGGGAAACCCGCCUCCUCUCCCCGAUUGGACGAUUGCAGGGGUUACCACAGAGGGAGACGCCAAUCAGAGCCUCCAGAGUUCCUGUACAGCCCAGAGAAGGCCAGGAAGCACGCCCCUCUGCUCAGUGUAGAGGGGAGCACCCCGUUCAGGAGAGGCAGGAGGCAGUCUGCUCCGGCGAAGGAGAUCGAGAAAGCUUUCCCACAGAACUUGAAACUGAAGCACGCGGGCAGCGAGAGAGAGCUGCAUCCCGCUGUCGAGCCAGUCUGCUCCUCCAUCAGCACUAGCACGCUGGCCUCUUCCGUCAUUGAGGUAGAGACCCGGGGGCGAGAGGAGGUGGAGGAGGAGGAGGAAACCCCCACCCUCUCCAUCACAGAGGAGAUACUGGAGUUUAUCAGCCAGAGCCGGGCUCGGGAGCUGGAGGAGGCAGGGGGUGGUGAGAUGGCCCAGCCUCCAGCCGCCGAAGAGGGUCAUCUGCAGGUGGAUCCAGUGCUGGAAGAAGGAACCUCGGUGGACUUGGGGGCCACGGCUCAGGGGUUGAACAAGGAGGACCUGCAGUCCGCACUGGAAGUUGUCGAUCUGGAUGAAGAGGACUCCUCUGGGGGAGAGCCGCUGGGGAGCAGGGGGGAAGUGAGAGUGAAGGAACUGGAGCCUCAUGCCCCGGCCAGCGAGUCUUCAGAGGAGGAAGAGGAGGGUAGGCUGGAGUCGGGACCAUCUCCCCUUCACGUGCUGGAAGAACUGGAGCUGGAAGAGGGGGCCGGAGAACCAGAGACCCCGAAUCCGGAGCGCUCGAACUUCGAGGAGGAACUGAACCUCGAGGGACCGACUGGGAAUCCCUUCUCCCUCGAAGAUGGCCCUGCCCAGGGUGUGGCUGCUGCUAAUCGAUCUGAUCCCCUUCAGUCUGAAGCCAAAGCGACUUUGACCAAAGACGACCGCCUCUUGAUCGAGAAGAUAAAGAACUACUACGAGACGGGCGAGGCAAUCGCCCCCCAGCUCCAGAGGAGAGACAGCAUCUCCUUCAUCCCCGCCGGGCUGGUCAAGGACUCUGUGUCCCGGUUCCACAUCCUCGUCCAGCAGGACAGUAUCUGUGAGUCAGAGGCGGGGAGGUCGGAAUCCAGCGAGACGGAAGCGCGGCUGUCCCUCUGCCGGCAGACCUCCGCGGCAGAAUCAAAGAUGAGCGACUUCCGGGACACUCUGGAGGCAGAGAGGGAGUGGGGAGAAGAGGGAGGCAGGGAUCCCAAGACAGAAAAAGCAAGAGGAGAAGGGGUCUGCCGCCAAGAGGAACCAGAAAGCGAGUACCGAUCAUGCACAGAGCUGAUGAAAGUGUGGAAGGAGAAAGAGAGAAGAGCCAGCAGAAGGGACCAAGAAGGGACGGAAGCAAAGGAUUUUGAGAAGACGGUUAUUCAGGAAGACAUAUCGGAAGCAAAUCGGAAAGGAGGAGGAGGAGGAGGAGAAGAAAUCUUCGGAAUGGCGUCUUCGAUAGGGCAUUGUAAAACCGCCCUGGUUUCUGAGAGACAGCCGAAUGAAGAAUCCUGCUGUCCCCGAGAGGAUCCCGGCCCAUUCCCAUCUCCAGAUGUGACCGGGAUCAGCCUGUACGAGGGAGGGGGAGGAGAGUUCUGCCUGGCAGAGAACUCAGAGAAGAUUAUCAGCAAAGUGCAGAUGCUGGCCCGCAUGUACAGCGCCAGGAUCGGCUGCUCGAAGACUCCUCUACACAGGAAGGUGUGGGAGAGGAGCAGGGGGCUGGCAGGGAGGAGGGAGAUCGAAGAGACGGAGAAGAAGCCAGACUGCAAGGCGACAGGUGGUCUCAGGGUCCCGAGAGAACCGCAGCUGUAUGGACACGUGAUCAUCCGGGAGCAGCUUUCCACGAACUACGUGCAAGAGAACCAGUACAUCAUCUCUGCAGCCAAGGAGAACGCCUGGGUGUUCGAGAGCAGCAACACCCGAACAGCACCUCAUCGCCCAGGAACACUGGAACCUCAUACAGAGGCUUCAGAAUCUACAGAGCCAGCCAAUGUGGACACCUCCAGACAGACAGAUCCUCCGAAACCUGAACAGGCACGUCCGGUCACCCCCAGCACAGAUCCCUCUCCGGAAGUCGCUGACUUUGAAUUGAAUUCCCAGCGCUCCUUAGAAGCAGUCCCCGGCAUCCAAAGCCAUCUUGAACCCGAGAUCCAUCCUGAAGUCGUGUGCAAUCCAACAACGUACGACAACGAAAAGUCUGUUUCCGGAGCCCCGCUGCCCGUCUCGGAGAGUGCCUUUCGCGAGGAGUCAUCGGCUUGUUCCCGAAUCGACAAGCGGUUGGAUUCCCGCUCUGCCACGUCUGUAGGGAAAGCAGAACAAUCGUUGUGUUCCUCGGCGAACAAAGAGCCGUUGGACGUUGACAAUAGGGUGCCGUCAUGUUCUGGUUCCUUGCUUCCCGUUGAGGAAGCUGAACAGUCUUUGAAUGACGGAUCAGUGCGAAAAGAGACGACACCCGCUGAAGGGGGAGAACUUCUUGCCCUGGCCAAAUUGGAUGGCUUCCGUAAACAGGAGCCAGUUUUACCAGAUGAGGAUCAAACGAAUAAAGGCUGCUCUUGUGCUGCUGAAGACACGGAGUGCUCCUUAGUCCAGCCAGCUCUGCUAAGACCAAAGCCUAUCUUUCCCUCAAAAAGCAGAACGCUUGCCAUGUCCAAAUGGAAUCAUUUUCAUCAGAAGCCGGUUGUCUACCCUAAAACAGCACAAGAUCAGGUGCAAUGUUCCGUACAGGCACCCUCCCUGUCCAGUCCCUUUUCAUCUGUUUCAGAUCGCUGUACCCCUUCCACACUGCCACCCCACGCAAGACAAUCCUUAGGGAACUCUACCCCAUCUUUGUGGGCAAAAACUGAUCCACAGUCUCCUUUGGAACUGUCUGGAGCCCAAAACCAGCAGGAACCAUCAGAAGAUAACAAAGAACCAGUCAACUUCUGCUUGGCAUCCAAAGAUCUUUCACCCAAAAUGUGCGCCACUGAAGAGCUGAGUUCAGGCAGGCAGAACCCUAGUCUUUCGGAAGACCGCUCCAACAACCUGGAUAAUGCGUCUUCAAAGAUGCCUCAAUUUAGCGGAGCAUCAGAUACACAUCCUUCGAGUGUCGACUCCUCUGAGCUGAAGGAACAGCUGCCAAAGUUCACCAGCCAAAGACCUCCUUACCUGCCGACCAAGAGUGGGAGAAGAAGCUUGCCACUCUACUUGGAAGGACAAGGAUUCUCCAGCCAGAGGUUGCAGCCCUCACCUCCCUGUUUUAAGGAGUCCCUGGAUCACCAAACAUCAGCGGACAGGAGCCAAUCAAACCCCCAGCAUUCCCAACAGAAUUCCCGGAACUUCCCAAAUUUCCCGCCUCCACCCAGAAAACCAGACAGCACCCCAUCCUCAACCAGACAGGAAGGGGAGUCCUCCUCCUCCUCCUCUCUAGACCUCGGCCUGAGAACUCGGACUCCCUCUCCCAUCCGUAGAAUCCCGUCUCCUUCCGGCUCUGCCUCUCUGUCCAAAUCCCUCGCCACUUCCUGCAUCAACCAGACCAUCAGCCAGAGCCUGACCAAAAAGAACGGGCGCCUCCAGUCUUCCCUCUCGCAGGACUCCGAGCCGCCCCAGCCACCCAGCGCGUCCUUGCCUCCGCUCUCCGGGUCCGCCCUGAGGUUCCGAUCCCAGUCUCCCGUAAGGAAAUCCCCUUUGGGUCUGGCUUAUCCGAACAGGCAGCCCCUGGGUCGCUCUGUUUCCAGUUUGACUGAGAAAUCCGACCGACUCGGCUCCACCGCGCCACAGCUUCUCCACCCUUCCACCGCUGGUCCUAGCCCCGCUCCCAUGAUCUCCCCACCCCCCUUCCGCAGCCACAGGUCCAUGUCCCCAACCGUGCCAGUUAGCCUCCACCAGGCUCGCAAGGCUGGAUCUAAAAGCUCUGACCUCUCACACAACAACAACAACAACAACAACAACAACAACAACAAUACUGACAGUGAUGAUAAAACAGCCGAUUUGGUUCCGAUAGUGUGUUCUGCUGUUACUGUGAGAUCUUCCUCUACUCAGAACCGUCUGACCAGGCCCUUCUCUUCCGCAUCAGAGCCUAGCUCAAGGGUCCCAUCCCCUUCUCCUGCUGGGCCUCAAAUCUGCUCACCCCCGCCCAUCCACCCAACCCAAGACAGCUCGAGAGGAAAGCCGCACCACCAUUUUUUGAAUCCCAAACCGCCACCUCGUUCCCUCACCCAGGACCGCUCGGGGUCGUCCUCUGCCUGCUCCACACCUCCUUGCACCAGCCCUCGAGUCACGUCCCCGCCCCCCAUCCCGCCUAGCGUUACGCAGUCCCUGCGCAGACCCAGGGGGAACAGCCUGCCCUUUAUAAGCAUCACAGAUGGAUGUCCCAGCCCCUCCCGGAGCAGUCGGAGGUCCUGGGGAGGAGGUGGUGGCAGCACGGACAGUAUUGACCAGGAUUUGGGGCUGUCGUCCUCGGUGAAGGUGUACGGCAACCCCACUUCUUGCACGAGCCCCAGCACCACGUCUCCGGCUAGAUCUGUCAGUCACAACAACAGUCCUGACAGUCUCAGUGCUCAGGAGAUUGCCACCCUCGCUUGGCCGGCCGUCCGACAGCUUCGGACCAAGUACGCCAUGGAGAAGGAGGACCACUCUCCCGAAAGAGAGGAACGGCCAGAGCUAGAGCCAGACCCACCGAGCGGCACUUCCAGAUCCAGCCUCGUGUGUCCCUACAUGGGCGACCCCCAGCGUUUGCCCGUGGGUCUAGCUGACCGACCCUCCACCCGUUGCUCAGGCUCUGGGGACCCAGUGCAGGAUAACUGCAGGGGUGGGGCACUGAAAACCAGCUACUCCACCACCGUCAACCUCCAGAUCGGAGGCAGCGGGAAGAUAGCUGCUUUCAGCAUCGCCCAGGUCAGCCUCACUCAGACCCUGGCAGUGGUACCAGAGAGCCUGAGCACGAGAAGGGUGAACGUUAAUGGAUUCACUGUUGAGUCUUCAGCAAACUGCUAAGGUGGGGAGGGGGGAGGGGACUCUCAGGAUCGCUGCCUAGAAUGAAAAACACACUAGCCCUGCAGCUGCACCCAGUCCUGGGGUUCGGAACUCCCCUUAAUUAAGUCUAUUGUUAUUAAUAUUGAAAUGAUCAGAAGCUCCUGCUAAAAAUGCUCCGAACUGAUUGCACUUGUCGUCACAGCAUGAAUCUCAGCUGUGAGUCUCUGCAGGUUGACUAUUGGAGGAAGACCCAAUCCUUUAACAGCAGUCUGAUUGCACAACAUUGUAAACAAUAUACUUGAUUGAGGGGAGUGUGAGUUUCUAACCCUGCUCAAACUCCUGGCUCCUGAUCAUUGCAAUAUUAAUAAUACUAGACUUCAUUGA